GCCUGCCUCAAUUACGCCCCAAUCACCUCUUCAUAACCCCAAAGAACCUUUCCUAGUCACAGCUCUACGGGGUAUUCCAAAAUGCCGAUUGCACCGAUAAUUACGUUCAAGGCCGGCCAGUGUGACGUCGACACAUCGUCGAAGCCAUACAAGGUCACGCCACAGCCCGAACCCGGCUACAUCUAUCUAUACUCCGAAGAUGACCUGGUACAUUUCUGCUGGCGUCGUCGGGACCAGCCCUUAGACGAGCCCGAGCUCGACCUCGUCAUGGUUCCCACAGAUGGUAGCUUUCUCCCAUACGAAUACAAGACAACACCCCAACCAACAGCAAAGACCAACGGCCGCAUUUUCGCCCUUAAAUUUGCCUCUUCUUCUCAGCGCCACCUGUUCUGGCUGCAGUCCAAGCCUCAGGGACGAAACGGCGACGCAAGCUACUUUAGCCCUCGAGAUCGCAAGAUUGGCGAUAUUGUUCACAGACUUCUACAAGGUGAAGAGGUCGACGUGACACGAGAACUGUCGGCCAUUCGAAACAACAACGACCAAGACGAUGAAGAUGAGACGAUGGAAGACAUCGAGGGCCACGGUCAAGAGCACCAUGGAGGAGGCAGCGGCGGGGCAGGUGCCGAUGCGACGGGAGGCGACGUGCGAGAGGAGGGCGAGGAGUCCAGAGAAGGCGGAGCUGAUGGCGCAAGAGCAGCCUCGUCUUCAUCCCCUGAUGCCGCAGCUGCAGUAAGAAACUUUCUCGAUUCACUCAGAGGCCAGAGCGGCCUUGCCGGCGCGCAGCAGCAACAGCAGCAGCAGCACGACAUCUCUUAUCCCUACCUGAGUCAUCUGCUACCAACGUCCAUCACAGUCCCCAUCGUUGACACCCUGUCAGCCGAGCAAGUGGACUCCCUUCUCAGCUUCCUCCCGCCCGCUGUUAUUGUGCUCGCCAGCGACACGGUUGGAUACGAUGGCACAUCAGAUCCAACUGCCGACCAAAUCAAGGCCGCCAACGAAUCACUAUCGCUAGGGAAGAAGCAAGCUCUGCUAAAGAAGGUGCUUCGAAGCCCUCAGUUCCAUCAGGCCUUGGGCACCUUGACAAUGGCCCUCCGAGAUGGUGGACUCCCCAGCAUUGCCGACGCGCUCAGCAUCAAGGUGGAAAAGGAUGGAUAUCUACAGCCUGGAAUGCCCAUGGGCGGCAAUUCUGCUGUCAAGGUAUUCAUUGAUGGCGUGAAGAAGACGGUGAAAGAUAAUAAGCAGUAGGUAGACUGCGAGUAGUGUAUGUUAACAGGUAGACAUGUCUCAUGAAUGCCACGCCGGACGCCUUGUUGGUGUAAUAUAGAUGGAGGAAAUGAACAAUGCCUCAAUAUUACGGCCUUCUCCUUUUAAAA